AUGGUACAGAAUAAGCCAAGAUCACCCAGAAAGCCUCAUGCAUCAUCUCCUACCAAAACAGAAGUCCCUGAACUUUCUGAUACUCCUCAUAUUGAGCAUGAUACCACGCCAUCCGCCGUUUUUUCAGUCUCACCACCUCUAUUAUCUUCCUACAAUGACCACAUUCGGCCUCUUCUUGAUGCAGUUGAUAAGCUGCGAAAUCUAAAAGUCAUGAAGGAAGGCAUUCAACUCCCUACGAUUGUCGUCGUAGGGGACCAAUCAUCAGGAAAAUCCAGCGUCCUAGAAUCCUUGGCUGGAAUCAGCCUACCUAGAGGUCAAGGUAUAUGCACACGAGUCCCACUCAUUAUGCGGCUACAGCACCAUUCGGAACCGAACCCACAACUAUCCCUUGAGUUCAUGGGUAAAAUCUUGCAGACAGACGAAGCCCAUGUUUCUCAAGCAAUCAACUCAGCAACUCAGGAAAUUGCAGGAAAAGCCAAGGGUAUAUCAAAUACUCCAAUAACACUUUCAGUGAAGAAACAUGGUGUUCCUGACUUAACCAUGGUUGAUCUCCCUGGGAUCACUCGGGUUCCAGUUUGUGGACAACCAGAAAACAUUUAUGAACAGAUUAGGGAUAUUAUCAUGGGGUAUAUUACCCCAGAUGAGAGUAUUAUAUUGAAUGUUCUAUCAGCAACAGUAGAUUUUUCAACUUGUGAGUCAAUAAUGAUGUCACAGAGUGUUGAUAAAACUGGGCAGAGGACUCUUGCUGUUGUCACAAAACCUGAUAAGGCUCCAGAAGGCCUGUUAGAGAAGGUUACGAAUGAUGAUGUCAGUAUCGGUCUAGGGUAUGUCUGCGUAAGGAACAGGAUUGGGGAAGAAACCUACGAGGAAGCACGAUUUGAGGAGGAAAGGCUGUUUGGGUCCCACCCUUUGCUGUCUAGGAUCGAUGAGUCGAUUGUGGGGGUUCCAGUGUUGGCUCAAAGGUUGGUUCAUAUACAGGCUAACAUAAUCUCCAAGUGUCUGCCCAACAUUGUGCAGCAGAUCAAUGCAAAGUUGAAUGCUAAUGUUGCUGAACUUAACGACAUGCCUCAGAAUUUAUCCUCUCUGGCUGAGGCUAUUGCAGCGUUCAUGCAGAUCAUGGGUUCAGCGAAGGAAUCCUUGAGAAAGAUUAUGAUUAGAGGAGAGUACGAUGAGUUUCCUGACAAUAUGGAAAUGCAUUGCAGAGCUCGUUUGGCAGAGAUGUUAGAUGGGUUUUCGGAGCUCAUGCGGUCAAAAGGGAGUGAUGAUACAAAAUCAGGUAAUUUCUUAAUGUUUGAGAUUCAAGUUCUUGAGGAGGCAAAGGGAAUUGGGCUACCAAAUUUUCUUCCUCGCUCAGCUUUUCUUACUGCAGUGCAGAGAAAAGUUGAGGAAAUUUCAAAAACUCCGGCUGAGUUUAUGACAAAGUUUUGGGGAUAUGUAGAGGGUAUAGUGCUCUCCAUAAUAACACAACAUUCUGAAAAUUACCCAUCCCUUCAGAGCUCCUGCAGGAGAGCUGCUGGUAAUCUGAUUUCUAGGAAGAAAGAUCAGUCAAUUGCCCGUGUGAAGGAGAUUGUGCAAAUGGAGACAUACGCGGACUACACUUGCGACCCAUAAUACCUGUCUGUUUGGAAUCAACUAAUGUUGCAUCAGGAUAAGUUUAUAAAAAUUAUCGAAGGGAAAUUAGUAGAUCAAGGGGGUUUGAAGGUGACUGACAUGGAAAUUGAAGGGCUUGGAAAGAUUGAUUUGGGUCCUUUGAAGAAUUACAAGCACCUCGCUGAACAGGCAUUCGACAUGAAGAUGCGAAUGAUGUCAUAUUGGAGAAUUGUUCUGAAGAGAUUGGUGGAUUCCAUGGCUCUUCAUUUGUUGUUUAGUAUCCAGAAUUUGGUGAACAAGGAACUGGAGUAUGAGAUUGUGAACGAAUUGAUGGGGCCUUACGGGAGAGGCAUCGAAAGGAUGCUGGAAGAGUCUCCUGCUGUGGCAGGAAAGAGAGAGAGACUCAAUAAGAGUGUAAAACUGCUUAAGGAGUCUAAAGACGUCGUUUCAAAGAUAAUGGACAGAUUUUCUUAUAUCAUGAAUGUUUAUUUACUUGCAACUUCUUACACAUCUGUAUCUAAUUCUCAAGGCAAUGCUAAGCCUCUUUUGGAUAAAGCUGAAAUGGGUGACAACAUUGUUCUGAGGUUUCAGUUUAAGGGGAAGGAUACAGAUGUUGUUGUGAAUGAUGUGGACACGGUCAAUUUGCUUGAUUUGGUUGGUGAGUAUUGGGAAGUAGCUGACAAGGAGGAAACCCCUGUUCCCAAGAGGGAGUUGAUUCACAUUUGGGUAAGUGAGGGCACAAAACCAACAUCAGUUGUGAGGGCAGCCAUAGAGUUGAGGAAAAGUAAAUGUACAACCACUUUGCCACACACAGAGCCACUGCAUGAACCCCCUACUGAACCUUCUUUUGAACCAAUUCCUGAACCAGUUAGUAAAGAAACCAUUGAAAUGAGAACACCAAGAAGCCAAAGAAAACAGUCAACACCAUUGAACAUUGCUAGCCCAAGGAGGAGUCCUAGGUUGAUCCCUGAUGUUGUUCUAGUUGAUGCUAAUGGUACUUCCAUCUCUGUUCACUCUUCUGCUCCCAAAUUUUUGUCAUGUGAUGUUGGUGGUAGUGACCCUCCUUUGUCACCUAAUGCAAUAAUGAAUGACAUGGUUGUUCAAAACAUGGAGUAUUGGAAGGAUAUUGAGAUUGACCCCUUUGAACCUUACAUUGAAAAAGAACAUGUGAGUGGUGUUGGUAGAGGUAAAAGGAAGUCAAGGAGAGGGAGGGGUUCAGGGAGAAGCAAGGGGUCAGGGAGAGGUAGGGGGUCAGGGAGAGGCAAAGUAACACAUGCGCCAACUGAUCCAACAAGGAUUUCUGAGAAUUUUAGUGGUCCUACAGAUCAAAGUGACUUUGGUCUUGAAGCUGCUCAGUCCUCAAACCUCCAGCCUCAUUCACCACUGUUUAAAAAGAGAGUUCCUAGGAGACAGCAAGAGGAAGGGUACUUGGUGUCCAACUGCUGUGUUGACUUGAGUGAUGUGAACAAGACAAACUUCGUGGAGAGUUUCAAUGCAAGUCUUGGAACAAAUAGAAGUAGGCCCAUAUUGACAUUCCUUGAAUGUUUGAGAAGGGUAACCAUGGUAAGGCUGGCCACAAGGAGGGAGUUAUGCGAGGGUUGGGAUAGGUCUGACAUUUGUCCCAACAUCAUAAAAAGAGUGCAAGUACUAUGCAAUGAGGCAAGGUUUUGUAGAGCCUAUCCAUCUGGCAAGGGGAAUAUGAGAUUGAGAUGGGAAGUCACACUUGGCUGUGAGCCUCAACACACAUACAUGUCAAUGCAAUCAAUGGCAACUGACAGGAAUCCCUUGUAG